AUGAGAUCGAUUGCGAUUUGGUCUCGUCCUAUAGGACACAACCAGUUCUUAGUGCGGGGUGUCAAACCCAGAGUGCUUUUGCUUGCUCGCUCAUUUGCAUCGGCAGCUGUAGCAGUGGCCCAGCCCGAGACGGCUACAACGGAGGCGCCCCAGCGUUUCCCGUAUGAAGCCUUAUUCAAAUUCAACAUCGAUCAGAAGCAUCGAGAUGGCUCAUAUCGUCAAUUCCGCAACAUCAAUCGUCUGGCCCAGGAGUUUCCCUUUGCACACUCCGACGUUGAAGAGCAGCGUGUGGACGUUUGGUGCACGAACGACUAUGUAAGUAAUCAGCCCAACAACACGAGAGUACCUAUUGACGAGAGCAACGAACAGCUUGGUAUGGGUGGUCACCCCAGUGUCUUACGUGCAAUGCGCACCGUGCUUGACAAAUACGGCGCUUGUUCCGGCGGUUCACGAAACAUAUCCGGGCACAACCAAUGGGCUGAAGCUUUAGAGACGUCGCUCGCAAAGCUGCAUCGGAAAGAAGCAGCGCUAUCCUUCACAUCUGGAUACGUUGCGAAUGAGUCUGCACUGGCAGUCUUGGGUGCACAUCUCCCCGGCUGUGUCUUCCUUUCUGAUGAAUCAAAUCACUCAUCCUUGAUCGAAGGCAUCAAGAUGUCUAGGGCUUCCAAGCUAGUCUGGCGGCACAACGAUGUUAGAGACCUGGAGAGGAAGCUUGCGUCCAUACCUUUGGAAACGCCGAAGGUUGUCGUGUUCGAGUCCGUGUAUUCCAUGUGUGGUACCGUUGCUCCCAUACGAGAGAUUGUUGAUUUGUCCGAGAAACACGGCGCCAUUACUUUCCUAGACGAAGUCCAUGCAGUCGGCCUCUACGGGCCGCAUGGGGCGGGUGUAGCCGAACAUCUCGAUUACGAUAUCCACCAAGGAGUUCGUGGAGAUGGACAAAGCACGCUCAUGGAUCGAAUUACCCUGGUCAGCGGAGCGCUUGGCAAAGCGUUCGGCACCAUGGGUGGUUACGUCGCCGGGUCCGCAUCUCUCGUCGACAUGAUUCGCUCGCAAGCCCGGAGCUUCAUAUUCACAACAGCGCAACCACCAGCUGUUAUGGCAGGGGCGAGAGCUGCGGUCGAACAUCUCUACUCGCAUGACGACUCGCGUAAGCAGCUCCAGCGCAACGCUCGUAGUGUCAAGACGGCGCUACGCGAGCAUGGUCUCCCGGUCUUGCCGAAUCAAUCGCAUAUAGUGCCUCUGUUGGUUGGAGACUCGGUAGUCUCCGAUCAACGCCCCAAGCGUGCCAAGAGGACAGGAAAGGUUGAGAAUAGCACCAACGCCAGCCCAUACGUCCAAGCAGCAGGAUCGCCUAGUGAGUGCAUUGGUGGAGAUCUGGGACAGACUGAAGCUGCCGAGCCUGAAAGACUGGCAGCAAGAAGGGGUAUCACCGCUCUCUGA